ACAGGGGAGCUCCGCCUCCUCCAGGCUGCUGUCGUCGUCACCCGCCGGGCGCAAUUCGGAAUCGGAACCGGAGCAACUCGUUACUCUUGAGCGCAGCAGCCGGCUGUCCCGCUCUAGGUGCCGCGGGAAGACUUCCGUCGUCUGUCGCGGUGAACGGCAUGGCCUCCGACGGCAUGGACGAGCGGUCUCCGCUGCUGUCGGGCCCCAACUCCGAGAAUGUGACCCCCACCGCUCCCCCGUACCUGCAGGAUCCAAGUCCCCGAGCCGAACUACCUCCUCCUUACACGGCCAUCGCCAGCCCCGAUGCCAGCGGAGUGCCCGUCAUCAACUGCCGUGUCUGCCAGUCCAUCAUCAACCUGGACGGGAAGCUGCAUCAGCACGUGGUCAAGUGCACCGUCUGCAACGAAGCUACACCCAUAAAGAACCCCCCCACAGGGAAAAAGUAUGUGAGGUGUCCCUGUAACUGCCUGCUCAUCUGUAAGGACACAUCCAGGAGGAUAGGAUGUCCUCGACCAAACUGCAGACGCAUCAUCAACCUGAGCCCGGUCAUGGUGAUCCCAGAGGAGCAACCCGCCCAGCCGGCGCUGCCCAUCCAACCUGAGGGGAUGAGAGUGGUGUGUGGUCACUGCGGUAAUACCUUCCUGUGGAUGGAGCUUCGAUUUAACACACUAGCCAAGUGUCCCCACUGCAAAAAAAUAUCUUCUGUUGGCAGUGCUCUUCCCAGGAGGCGCUGUUGUGCUUAUAUAACCAUAGGAAUGAUCUGCAUCUUCAUUGGAGUCGGCCUAACGGUUGGUACUCGGGACUUUGCGAGACGUUACAACGCCACGUACGUGUCCUGGGCGUUCGCCUACCUGCUGGGCCUCAUCUGCCUGAUACGGGCCUGCUACUGGGGAGCCAUCAAAGUCAGCUACCCGGAGAACAGCUUCGCCUAGAGUCGUGACCCUGCAGAGAUGUUGCCUGGCUGGAACCCACAACCUCAGCUUUCAGCUGCUGCGUCAUUUUUUUUCUAAACCCGUGAAGUUCGGCGAGGCGCGGAGGAUCCGGACGGCGUUUUGGUUUGAAGAAUCGUUGACGGUUUGAGUUGCUGAGCAAAUCCACUGCCUGUUGUUCAGCCUGGUGCACCGACAAAGUCCCAGCUAGGUUUUUUCAAUUUCAUUUAAAAUAAUCAAGAAUUAGGAACCUAAAUUUUAUUAUUUUUUUGGUGAUGAUUGACAAAACGAGUUGAAAACUGUCUGAACUACUAACACUGACACUAUGGCACGCACCCACUUUUUUUUGUUACUGAGCAGAUCAAAACGAGACGACCGUUUUGCCCGCUGCACUACAAUGUUAUGCAAUCCUGAGAGUUGUUUUGCUGCUAGUUGAACUCCUGCACACUCAUACAGUAUUGUACCUGCAUUUCUUGCCUGUUUACUCAUAGUAUUACUUUACAAUUUUAGUGCUUAAAAGAUCAUUUUUUUAAAGAUUGUCCUUAUAUACCCAUGCGUGCCAAUUUUGCUGCCCGUUGUUAUUGAGGAGGAGCUUUAGAUCAACAAACUUUUUGUUAAAACGUUUGUUUUGCGUGCACGCCUGCAGCAACAACCCUUUCAAGUUCUUUUCCUGUAAUCUCAAACCGGCUGCGCGUUGACUUACUCUGGUCGCAGACGUGG